AUUUCCGGCGGCUUUCUUUAAAGUUAUUUUUAUUGUCGGUUUACAAAAACUAAAAUGAGUGGAGAAAACAUAACAGAAGAUGAAGCUGCUUUAUAUGACAGACAAAUCAGACUAUGGGGACUUGAUGCUCAGAAAAGAUUGAGAGCAUCCAAAGUUUUAUUGAUUGGAUUAAAAGGAUUAGGGGCAGAAGUGGCUAAAAAUAUAGUUUUAUCAGGAAUUAAGUCAUUAACUCUCCUUGAUCAUACUGUGGUUGAUGAAGAAGAUAAAAAUUCUCAGUUUUUAAUCCCACAUUCAGAACUUGGUAAAAAUAGAGCAGUAUCGUCAUUAGAAAGAACACAAUGUUUAAAUCCUAUGGUGAAUGUGACAGCAGACACAGAGGAUAUCAAUAGUAAAUCAGAUGAUUAUUUUAAACAGUAUGAUGUUAUCUGUGCUACUUGCUGUCAACCAUCUUUACUCACUAAACUAGAUAAUCUUUGUGCUGAAAAUAAUAUCAAGUUUUUUGCUGGUGAUAUUUUUGGUUAUUAUGGAUUCAUGUUUUCUGAUCUGGGUAAACAUGAAUAUGCAGAAGAAAUUCCAAAGUUAAACCAAAAAUCAGACAAACAAGAUGAAGAAGGUAGUGGGGAACCAUCCGUUAAAAAAGCUAAAAAAGACGAAACUGAAACAGUUGUUAUCAAAAAGGAAGAAAUAUUCAGUACGUUUCAAUCAGCAUUAGAUGUAGAUUGGACUGUGACAACUAAUCAAAGUAAAAUAAAUCGUACACCAAAUACUCACUAUAUAACUUUAGCUAUUUUGAAUUUUAUGGAAGAACAUAAAAGACGACCACUUCUAACAUCUGUUGAGAAUGAUGUUAAAGCUUUAUGUGAAUGUCGUACAAAAAUAAUGGAGAAAAAUAAGUUAACAGACAAGAAAUUUCCUGUUGACUUUACAGAAUAUUGUUUUAGUGAAUUGAGUCCAGUAUGUGCUAUUGUUGGAGGAGUUUUAGGACAAGAAAUCAUCAAGGCUGUAUCACAGAGAGAUCCACCACACAAUAAUUUCUUUUUCUAUAAUGGAGUAGAAGGCACUGGAAUGGUGGAUAAAAUAGGAAAUUAACGUACAAGGCUAAAGAACGCGAGCUCAUCAAAAUCUAAUCAUAAUCAUGAGAUCUUUUCAUAUUCAUUUAACAUUUCAUAUGUACGGUACAUGAAGUUUUGACUUGAACAUCUUUCUGGAGUUCCCAUCAUGACAUUAGUUAUUCUAAGUGAAGGUUACAAAAAUGAAAAUAAUAGAGGUUACAUAGCAAACCAUAGCUUUCUUAUUGUGAAACUAUUCCAAAAUUCUAUUCUAUUGCAUGGGUAACUGUAAACCAUGAUUGGUUUCAAAGACAAUUGUGUAGGCAAAUGCCCUGGCAUGAAAAGAAAGUUUAUUACAUUCUAACAUUAACAGUUAUAAUACAAUUAGAAUUUAUUUGAACAAAAUCCUGUUCUUAAUAUAAUGACAGCACACACAAAAUAUCAAACAAAUCCAAUCUAAAUUUAUUGAUACAAACUGACAAUUAUUUUGAUCUGGCAAAUAUUUCAUGUUCAUUACCUCCCUUGGUCAGUAGUCAAUAAUGAGCAAUGUUCAACACAUAUUCGAACUGAACAUUUAGCCCUAUAGUCAGAUGUAUGAAUAUUUAGCUGUUGUGGUAUUUCCAUGUUUUAUUAACACACUUCUUUUAUUAACAAUUGAUGCAGUGAUAGACUAGAAAAUAUGACAACAGACAAUGCCAAGUAUAAUUCUAUAUUUGAAACUCCUUUUAAAAGCAAGUCACAAGUAAAACCAGUUCAGCUUCAAAAUAUACUGCAAUCCUCAGCACUGCCAGUAAGUCAAUAUCAAAACUCUUUCCUUGAAAAUAACUAACAUCUCUACACAACUAACUAAAACAAUAUGGCAAACAAGAUAGGAAAGUUUCCUUUUCAAAUUUUAUCAGCUACCUAUUUUAAAGCAAUUUCAAUAAUCAAGUAAGAAAAAAUUACCUUCCCAAAAGCAUUAAACUGAGUUUCAAAGCAAAUAUAUAGUUUAAAUUUGAACAAAAACUAAUAGUUCCAGAAUCACAUAGCAUAAAUUUAACAACCAUAACCAACACAUCCUUUUCAAGGUUUUCAUUAAUGUCUACAGUUCAUGUAACUAAUUUUUUUUUAACCAAUGUUCUCUUUGACAGGAUGUUCUUAAUUUGUUUUUAAAGAUAGGUAUUUACACUUGAUAAAACUCAAUAGUCAGCAUUGAACAUAUGUAUACAGAUAAAAGGAAUCAACUAAUUUAUAAAAGCACAAUGAGUAUAACAAAAUAUAUGUGAUAAAAUAAUAAAAUAACAACAGUCUGUCAAUGAAGCUAUAACAAAACAACACCAAGUAAAUCAUAUUCGACUGAAGCUAAAACAAAGUUACGUAAAAAAUACACAACAAAUGGUAGUGGAUAUCCUUCAAUCAAAUACCACUGUCAAAUCACGGUAUAAUAAGGUAGGUCAUAUUCAGCCAUGACUGGCUAUAGUUUGACGCUGAUCCUGCUGUUGUUGUUGUGCCUGUGGUAGAGGUCUCCGAAAUAACAAAACAUGGGGUUCUGGGGAAUGAACCAUAUAAUGUAUCCAGCCUGGUGACUGCUGAACACCAAGAUUUCUCCACUCUGUUUCUGUCAUAAGGUGAUUUCUUGGCACAUUUUUAGCAAUAUCUGAUGGUAAUAUCACAUGUCUAUAUUCAAAAUGUUCAUCAAAAUAUUUUUCAGAAUAUGUGAUCUGAUCAGAAGGCAUCUUGUCUAAUUGAGACACAAGAAAUCGAAAGUUUUGUUUUCUUUUUUUCCAAAAGCGCGCUUCUUUGUGAUGAUCA